AUAGCUUCUCCCGGAAGUAAAAUGACUAUGACAAGGUAGAGGAGAAGCGUUUGUGCUAAGGAAUCUCUCACUCGAGAAGAUUGUCUCCCGUUCAAUUAUUAGCUUCCGUGUUAAUUCAACCUUCUUCACCUUGGUAUCAUGGCCAGAGGUAACACAUUUCUCACGGGUGACAUGCGAUCCUAAGAAAAAGCAGAAUGAGGCCGUGCCCCACCUUCCCACUGAUGCGUUGGCUGUGGUUGUGUGUGUGCACCAGACAGUGGCACUGCAGCAACAGCAAUGGCAACAACUGCAGACUACCGCUGUGUGUGAGGCAGAUAUGGGCCUACCUCAGACUGAUGGUCGACUCCCUCUAUUACAACUCCCUCACCAACUCUGACGUCGUCAUGGACUCACUGCUGGAACCCAUCAUCUGGAUGGUGGACCUACUCACCCGCAGGUUGGGGGCGGUGUUUGUAUGUCUGGUAGUGAUACUGACCAGUACUAUCCUGGUGGUAGUCUAUGUGGUUCUGCUGCCCAUGAUCUUCGACACGUACUCUCCAUCCUGGAUAGCCUGGCACAUCACGUACGGACACUGGAACCUUGUCAUGAUCGUCUUCCACUAUUAUAAAGCUACCAAUACUACCCCAGGAUACCCCCCUACGAUGAAAAAUGACUCUCCAUUUGUGUCCGUGUGUAAGAAGUGUGUCAUCCCCAAACCAGCCAGGACUCACCACUGUGCCAUCUGCAACACGUGCAUUUUGAAAAUGGACCAUCAUUGUCCAUGGCUGAAUAACUGUGUCGGCCAUUUUAACCAGCGCUACUUCUUCUCCUUCUGUGUCGCCAUGACCCUGGGCUGUAUCUACUGCAGCAUCAGUGGCCGGAACCUUUUCCUAGAUGCUUGUAGUGCUGUACAGAGCCCCUACCAGACUCCUCCCUUCACGUUCAGAGACGAGAUGUUCCACAAGAGUAUCAUCUACAUGUGGGUGUUAACCAGCAUGGUGGCUGUAUCUCUUGGGGGGCUGACUAUCUGGCACGCAGUGCUGAUAUCCCGAGGAGAGACCAGCAUAGAGAGACACCUCAACAACAAGGAGACCAAACGGAUGCGCAAACAUGGCAAGGUGUACAAGAACCCCUUUAACUAUGGCAGACUGAACAACUGGAAAGUCUUCUUAGGUGUGGCGAAGAAAAGUCAUUGGCUGACACGAGUCCUCCUGCCCUCUGGACAUGUCCCCUUUGGGAACAGCCUGACCUGGGACAUCUAUCCAAUCAGAAAAGACAUGAUGCCCAUCUGAGCCAAAUAGAAAAUAACUGAAUUGAGACUUCUACAAAAUGAGGCAAUGUUUGUCUGACCACUGACCCCACAGACUCUGUCCACAGAUAACUACAUCUCCCAGCGGCUCCUGCUCCCUACAUGUGCUGAAGUCACAUGACCAGGUUGUGUAGACGAGCAGGAGAGUGAAUAUUGGGAGGACUACAGGGAAGAGAUGGGGAAUGUUUGCUGCUCCCAAGUGAAACAACCCUACAAAAUGUAUCAACCCUGGUCCUGGCACAGCGGUCUGGGCUUGCGUAAUAAAGGCCUACCACACUCCAGCACUUGUAAUGAUGUGGGGAUGAACUGUUUCAUAAUGUUUUCAGACUGGACUACAGAGUCAUCAUAUUACUCAUAAAACCUAGAGGUCAAACAGGGAAAUGGUUCCAAUUGUUUUUCCACCAUUCACUUUUCCCAUAGGGGUUUUUAGGAACACUUAAAAUAAGGGCUUCUUGUAGGCUUACCCUGGUGUGAUGUUUUGAUAACUGUG